AAAACAUAUUUCAUGCUUCUCUCUAGGACCACUGUUCACAACUGCGCUGUGAUUUAUCAGGGAUGGAGAACCUCACGCCAGAACAAUGGCGCGAGAUUAUGAACAGAAAGAUGCGGUUCCCUCCGGAGCUCAUCAGUGCCAUUCAGGAUGGGAAAAUUAAGCUGCUGUGCGGACUGUUGAAGACCGGUGAUGGCAUUAUCCGCCAGUUGGAUGAGUCUGAGGAUCGCCAGUGGAGAGAAGCUCUCAACCUUUCCAUCCGCCUGGGCAAUGAGGAUGCAAUGGAUGCUCUCCUUCAGGGGGUUAAGUUUGACUUCCGGCAGAUUCAUGAGGCCCUGCUAGUUGCUGUAGACACCAACCAGCCCAAAGUGGUCAAGCGUCUGCUGGACCGUCUGGACCAGGAGAAAGGCAACAAAAUGGAUGUGCGAUCCUUCUCUCAGGCCAUCUUUGACCACUCUAUUGACAACUCCCAGUUUGCCCCUGGUGUGACGCCUCUGACUUUAGCCUGCCAGAAAGACUUGUAUGAUAUAGUCACAAUGCUAACCCAAAAAGGCCAUGUCAUCCCAUGGCCUCAUAAGAUUUCCUGUGCCUGUCUGGAGUGUCGUAACGGCCGACAGUACGACCUACUCAAAUUCUCUUUAUCUCGUAUCAACACAUACCGUGGCAUUGCUAGUCGGGCCUACCUCUCAAUCACCUCUGAUGACUCCAUGCUCAGUGCUUUUAGUCUCAGCAGAGAGCUGCGUAAGCUCUCACAAAAAGAACCAGAGUUCAAGCCUCAAUACCUGGCUCUGGAGGAGCUUUGUCAGGAGUUUGCUGUUGAGUUGCUGGGCAUGUGUCGCAACCAGAGCGAGGUAACCACAAUCCUGAACAGCUGUGGAGACCAAAGCCACAAUUCCAUGGAUGAGCAGGCCUUUGAGAAAGGAAUUCCUAACCUGUCUCGUUUCCGGCUUGCUGUGAACUACAACCAGAAGCAGUUUGUGGCACACCCAAUCUGCCAGCAGGUGCUGUCAUCUAUUUGGUGUGGGAACCUGGCAGGAUGGAGAGGUAGUAGGACAGCCUGGAAGCUUCUAGUCUCUGUGGGGAUCUUCCUCACCAUGCCCUUUCUCUGCCUUGUCUACUGGGUUGCACCCAAAUCUAAGAUGGGAAAGAUACUGAAGAUUCCUGUUAUCAAGUUUCUUCUUCACUCAGCCUCUUAUCUAUGGUUCCUCAUCACCUUACUUGGAGAAUCAAUAAUAAUGGAGAUGUAUCGGGACAAAUUUGCUUCCCGCCAACAGAACAUCCUGCAUAGCUCCUUCCACAUGGUGUGGGUGGUUGGAUUCUUUUGGUACGAGUGUAAAGAAGUGUGGAUUGAGGGGCUUCGGAGUUACUUUCUGGACUGGUGGAACUGCCUGGACGUGAUGGUGCUCAGCAUGUACCUAGCAUCGUUUGCAUUACGUGUGCUCAUCAUGCUUAAAGGACACUUUCUCUGCAAUGACCAAAGUGGCGGGGAGGAUUGUAUCUACUUCACUCAAACAGUGCGUGACAACUGGCGUCAGGAGGAUCCCCAGCUGAUUGCGGAGCUGCUGUUUGCAGUGACCAGCAUGUUGAGUUUCACACGGCUUGCAUACAUCCUGCCAGCCCAUGAAUCUCUGGGAACUCUGCAGAUCUCCAUUGGGAAGAUGAUUGAUGAUAUGAUGAGAUUCAUGUUUAUAUUGAUGAUCAUUGGAACAGCCUUCCUCUGUGGGAUCAACAACAUCUAUGUCCCUUAUGUUGUCUCUCCACAUCUUGGCAGGUUUAACGAGACGUUCCACUUCUUAUUCUGGACCAUGUUUGGGGUAGCCAACCAGGACUACGUGGACAUGCCACAGUUUGUGUUGGCGGAGUUUGUUGGGAGGAUUCUGUAUGGCAUCUUCACACUCGUCAUCGUCAUCGUCCUGCUCAACAUGCUGAUUGCUAUGAUCACCAACUCCUUUCAGAAAAUUGAGGAUGAUGCCGAUGUUGAGUGGAAAUUUGCCAGAUCAAAGUUAUACCUCAGUUACUUUAGAGAAGGUCUCACUAUGCCUGUGCCUUUCAACAUCAUACCCUCACCCAAAGCUGUCUUUUAUAUUUUAAGGGGUAUCUUUAGACGAAUCUGCUGCUGCUGCACUUGUAACUCUGAAGAGAAGUAUCCCCCAUUGGCCUCUAUGACCAAUAAUAAGGGAUCUGAGCAACAGGUGAUUGAAGCUUUAGUUCAACGCUACAUUGAGUCAGCUCGCAAGGAGUUCGAGGAGACCAAGAGGAAAGAUAUCGGUAAUCGGAUCACUGAGCUGAGCAAAGCAGUCUCCAGGAUGCACAUUGAUAUGAAAGUGAUCCAGCAGCUUCUGGUAGAUGAUGGACACACUGCAAGUGAUGCCCUGAUCAAGGAGGGCUCCUCCGUACUGGGAAAAUACAUCAUUGGUGCCAAGAACAAUUUUGUAGGUUUUAACAGCAAACAGGAUGAGAAAAAUGCAUCACUUAAAGUGACUGUGCACCAUGGAGAGGAGGAGGUGGGUAAAGAAAAGGUUGACUCGGAUAGAAAACAGGAGUCUGAUGCUCAACAGAAUCAGUUGAAUGAAUGUGUAGCAGAGGGGUCAAAGCCAGUAACAGACUGUGAUGUGGUGAAAAUGGAAGAAGGAAGAGCAGAAGCAGAGAAAGGAGACAAGGAUGAAAGUGAGGAAAAAGAGCAGGUAGAAGCAGACAAAAAUGAAAAAGGUGACAAUGUAAAAGUGGAGGUGGUGGUGAGGACAAGUUUAAAUAAUGUAGAGGAUAAAGUGAAUGAGGCUAAGCAGGGUGAGGUAGAAAAAACAAUGGAAGAAGAAAUUCUGACAGGGACAAAGGCAGGACAAAAACAUACAGAAAUGACCCCUGAAGGACCUAAAAGCAGAAAAGUGAACUUUGAAAACCCAGACACACAGAGAGUAAUGAACAAGUUUAAAGACUUAGAGCUGCAAGAAAAAAAAGUGGAGGCAAAAAGGAUAAUUGGUAGAAAGUUUGAGUAUAAUGCACCUGAGAUGUCUGGUGCCACGGAGGGCAAAGAAAAAGCUGGAACAAAGAAAACAAUCCCUUCACCUACAGGCAGCAGUAGCUCACAGGACACGGGUUUCGGUUCCCAGGAAGGUGAGGAAUCAAUUGAUGGGAUACUAGUGAGACCGUGACAGUGUCAAUGUCCCUAAUAAAGACAUCCAAUAUGUUUGGUUAAAAUGUUUUCUUGAAAGGUUUCAGCUUUAUAAUUUUGGCUAUGUUAACAACAAGGCUUAGUGGUAGGGAUGUUCUCAGUGUGUCCACUCAGAACUAUAGUCCAAAGCAACAAAUUGUAAGCAAAGGUCAGAUUGCUUCAAAAUAUCUGAUCGAUUUGAAGUAAAUUAUUCUGUGUGAUUUUCACUACCAUUUGGACCUCAUGAGCAGGGUCUAAGAAAAUAAGUACCAGCAAAUAUAAUGUAAGAAUACUUGCAGGAUAUUUUUUGUAAUUAAAUUGGCUGAGCACACAUCUUUAUUGUCAGGUUACUGUUGUGCUAGAACCAUUUGUAGAUUUUUUUUUACAGAUUUAAAAAAAUCUUGAAGCAAAAUUUCCUGAAUUUAAGGAAUGUAGCCCUUUACAUUCCCGUCCAUAAAACAGCAAAUAGUUCAUUUAUUAUUUUUCUACCAUUAAAAAAAGCAUUUCUUGUAAAUAAUAGAACUUUAGGUGAAUUGCUGUUAGCCUAAAAGCGAGGCUAGCUUUUUUCUUUGUUUACCGUUGGGCUAGCAUAAGCUAACCUGCAGCCAGCUUUAGCUUCAUAAUAACUGUACAGACUUGGGGGGUAACUAUCUUCUCAUUCAUCUAUCACCAGAAUGCAAAUCAUGAGAUACUUCGUUUAUAACUUUUAAUUGAAUCCAUGCUAAUUGUCAAAGAUUGUAGCAUGAAGCUUUCCAGCUAAUUCUACUCACAUCAUGGGUGAAUAAUAUAAUGACUCACUUAAGCCAAACGUAUAAGACCACAAAAAAGUUAUAUGGUGGAGGUUCAUGUCAAUUAAGGCUGAAUAUAUUGUUGUUUUGCUGUCCCUUUACUUACUCUUCAACUUGUCAGUAGCAAAGAGCCUAAGUCAUUCUAACUUAUACAUAAAAAUGCGCUUUGGUCUCACAAACAAGUUUCAA